AUUAAGCACUAUGACAACAAGAGUAAACAAAUCCAAGUUUAGAAGCUUUGUGUACAACACCCGGGUCUUCACACAGAAAAAUGUGGAUCCUUGUGCAUGCGAAGUACAGGGCAUAGUAUCUUUUUCAAAUGAUUCAAUUACCUUGAAAUUCUACUACUCUUAGAUAUCCUCACCAAGUCCAGACGAUGUCCAAAGAUCGUCAGGUGAAACCAGACACAUCCCGCACCCCGACCCGCCCAAACACCAUCCCCCCUUCACAUGCUCGUCUACGCCCCAAACCCCUCCAGCUCUUACACCCUCUCCCUUGCAGAGGGGAGUUGCCUGCUCUCGCAGGUCUCCUCCUCUACCCCGACACGCCAGACAAGAUGGAGUCGAUGACACAACAGGCUUUCCGCCCCCGACCAGGGCCACGGCCAGACAAAGGCCGGGCUCUCCAGAGUAACCUAACCUUGGAAGGCGACCGGUGUUUCCUGACCACCCAGAGAGAGGCCUUCCACCCCCAUCCUCUAGAGGGAGCCCCGCGCGCCGUGAGACGCAGGCCGAGAGGAAGGGCGGAGACGAAGGGGAAAAGGCCAGGGGAGGACGAGGGGAAGGGAAGCGAGGAGGAGGGAGACGAGAGAGGGGUGGAGCGGGGCGGGGUCGGAGGAGAGAGGGAGGAGAUGCUGUCUCUGUACCAGCAGGAUUUCCCUCCUCCCUCCAUCCCUCUAAGGAGGAGGAGUCUUUCCAUGCCUCCCCUGGACAACAUCGCGAUCAACCCCAUCCUCAGAGCCGAGUUCAGGACAGUCCAGAGGGACGCCUAUCCGAUGUGGUCUUUAACAGGAUACUUCAAACCCAUUGCGAGGCUGAGAGCUACUAAACAACACAGCACUUACCCUGGGUGA